AUGUAUCACAAUAUGAUUCAAGCUGUGGUUUUUUUAAUUUCGAUCACUGUAGUUGCGUCGAUUAAUGUCGGUACAGCGUUAUACAAUCACGUCGAUAUAUUAACGUACGAUACGCAGUGGAGUAAAAAAGAUAUGUUGAUGUUGCACAGUCGGAUGCUAAUUGAAAAUUUAAUCCCUAAAAACGUAAUCGACGGAAAUACAUUCCUCGGUUACACAAAGUUAAUCAUCAAAACAUCGGAGACAAUCGCCAAUGAUCAGACCAGAAGAAUCGCCAUGAUUUCGGUGGCUGAUGCGAUUGGGGGAUACUUGCACGGGGUUAUGCUACCGCGUGUAAACCAAGAGUAUUAUAAAGGGCACGAAAGCUAUAAAGUCACCAAUGAGCUGCACGCGUUGUUACGGAAAAUCAAGUUCAUUUUGGACACGGACGGACGUGGUUGGAUGACGCCCGUAGACACGGGACGGUCGAUCACGACUACCGCCGACGAGGACGACGACCUCAUCGACGAGGAGACAGAUAACCCGUGCGCGGCACUACUGCUAUCCGGCGUGCCGUCUGAUGACGGACGACCGGCCGCCGUACCGAUGCCGGCGUUCGACGACAACUUGAAUCCGGGUUCGUUGGCGUUUCCGUUCACUGUCGGCAAGCGGCUGUUCGCCGUGGACAGGCCGUGGACGGCGUCCGACGACCGCCGUCCGCUGCUCGUCCGGUAUUACCGGCUGGCCGCCGGCUGCACGUCGUCGGCGCCGGACCAGUUCCGAGCGGACUUAAAUCGUUGGCUGGACGAAGUGGUGGUGCCGCUCUUGGCGAACCGCCGGCGGUGGUAUCCAGUGCUGGCCGGUGCGUCUCGCGUCGUCCUGGCCGCGGCCAAGGCAGCCAGCAAUGGCACUGCGCCUGUGGAUGGCCGACCAAAAUGCGGGGCGGCGGCGCGGACAACGACUACGGCAGCGGCGUCUACCAACGACAACGGCGAUGAUAUGAUGCGCAGGUCGUGUGACGACGGCCCCGACAGCCGAGUACCCAACUCGAACGUUCCGCUAGCUGUGAUUCUUGUGUCGUUGGUGCUCGUCUGGAUAGUGUACGCCUGUGUAUUCGGAAAGAAACAACAAUCGCAGACCUUCACUGUAUAAUCGUAUUGUAUUAUAUCAUAUAAUAUGGCGAUUCUUCGGGUCUCAAAGCUUUCGUACCCCUUGUAAUAUUCAUGGUUCACAUGCGGUAGCAUCACUCCAUGCCCAUAUCCCCCAAUCGCGUCAGCCACAGAAACCAUGGCGAUUCUUCGGGUCUGGUCACUGACGGUUGUCUCCGAUGUUUUAAUGACGAUCAACUUUAUGUAGUUGAGGAAUGCAUUUCCGUCGACUACGCUUCUGGGGAUUAAAUUCUCAAUCAACAUCCGACUGUGCAACAUCAACAUAUCUCUUUUAGUCCACUGCGUAUCGUACAUAUUAUCGACGUGGUUGAAUAAAACUGUACCGACGUUAAGCUACGCUUGAAUUAUAUUGCCCCUGUAUCACCACAAAUUCGUACUAUUAGUAAGAUACAUUACCAGUCAUGCUUAGGAUGAAGAAUGUGUAAAUAUGUACUGUGUAUUGUAAUGUGUUAUGUGUUUUGUUGUAUAAAU